ACGUGUAGCAUCGUCCUUUCCUGAUGCUGCUCCUCAGCUUCAGAGUCAGGGGGUUAAGGUUGCACAUGGGUUGUCCUGUCUGUCCACUAUCUGCCAAAAGCCUUUUUUUUGCCUGUGAACACAUCUAACUCUGUGAAUCCAUUCAUGUUGGUGAUUUCCCUUUCCCUGAAGAAUUGUAUUCCACCUGUUUUUUUUCCUUGGAUACAAGCUGUAUCCUACCCCUGGAUAUAAUUGUUACCUUUCUGGACCCAUAGCUGGACUGUUACAUUCCAGAAGACUGUUCUGAUUUGAGUUCAGUGUUACCCUGCAAGUAACCAGUUGCAUUUAGUUCUGAUUUAGUAAAAUGCAGCAGGAUGAGUGAGUUAAGUUCUUGUUUUGAGUUUAGUUUGACUGCUUAUUAAUACAUGCCACCUUUUAAGUCUUAGACUGAAAAUUCUGUAUCCAAGAUGUGGGUAUGUAAGGAGCUCUGAAACGGUAUAGAUGGCAUUCUCUUGUGUUCUUGAUUUAUUUCCUAAUAACUAUUCUCCUUAUAUCAAGACACACUCUUGACGUGAUACCAAGUGUAACUGCACGUGUCAGACUAUAGUUGUAUAUUCCUUGAGUGCAAUACUUUUCACUUACCAUUAUAGAAUGUACAGGAUUUCAUCACCUAUUCCAUCUGCAUCAUGAAGGGCUCUUCCAGCUUAACAUAGCUUAAUUUUGGGGAAUCCAGAAUAGCUUUGUGUCUGUGGGCAGACUUUUCACCCCUUAUCUAGGCUUCUUUCCAUUCAGUCAAGGAUAUGCUGUCCCAGGACAGAUGACAUUGCACUGUUGAAUACUUGUAGUGGUAAAAAACCACCAAAACAAAGCCAAACAACCACUCCCCCACACACCUUAAAGCAGCCAAAACCCUUAAGCACUGAUAUUUGUUAUUUCCUGUAUUUUAUCUGAUUGUUAACAAGUGAAAUGUCCUUCCUUCUUAUGACCACUUAGAGGCUCUGAUGACAAAUCUUGAGGAAACUUUUGAAAAUCAAAGUACCUUGUGUUGAUCAGAUUACCUUUAUCUGUACUCUCAUAGAUUUCUUCACAAACUUACUACAAAACUCUCAGCAAAGGCCAAGCUAACCCUUCCGCUCCAGUUUUUUCUAUUAGUCUAUUACUUUUUAAAUACAAAUUAGAAGGAGUUUUUGGUCUUUUGUAGUAUUUCCGAAGAGCUGUUUUUAAAUAGUUGUUACGGGGUUUAUUUAAUGAGGAACUGCUAGAAUAAGAAGAAAUCAACCUUCUGUGCUGUGUGUGAGUACCUAUUGAGAGGAGUCUUUGGUAAACUAUGCAUGGGAGCAUAGAGUGCUUUACCCACCAAGUAUAAUUCAGCUUUUGUCUCAUCCACCUGUUUUCUUCUGACAUCUUUCCCAGGGCAUUUUGGGGCAGCAAAUCUUCAUUCACCCACAGUCACAUACCCAUCUUUGAUCAUGAGCUGCCCCGAGUCUCAAAAGACAAAUGGGAAGAAUGCUGGUUCUCAAAAACAAGUUAUCUUCAGAAAAAGCACCCGUGACAAAGCUCUGACUAUCUACCUGGGAAAGCGGGACUUUGUUGACAACAUAGGGAGUGUGGAGCCUGUAGAUGGUGUUGUGUUGGUGGAUCCUACACUUCUCAAGGAGAAAAAAGUGUAUGUGUCCCUGACUUGUGCUUUCCGGUAUGGCCAGGAAGACAUUGAUGUGAUUGGCCUCACUUUCCGACGGGACCUAUACUUCUCUAGGGUCCAAGUGUACCCACCUGUUGACAAGCCAGAGACUCUUUCCCACUUGCAGGAAUCUCUGCUAAAGAAGCUGGGGAAAAAUGCUUAUCCCUUUUUCUUUACAUUUCCAGAUUACCUGCCUUGUUCAGUCUGUCUGCAGCCUGCACCUCAUGAUGUUGAUAAGACCUGUGGGGUGGACUUUGAGGUGAAAGCUUUCUCAACAGAGAAUCUGGAAGAGAGAAUUCAUAAGAGGAACUCUGCACGUCUGCUGAUCCGUAAGGUGCAAUAUGCUCCAGAACAGCCAGGACCUCAACCUUGUGCAGAGACCACCUGGCAGUUCUUCAUGUCCAAAAAGCCAUUGCACUUGAAAGCUUGUCUCAGUAAAGAGGUGUAUUACCAUGGCGAGCCCAUUCCAGUCACUGUCAUGAUCAAUAACAGCACAGAGAAAACAGUGAAGAAGAUCCAAGUCCAGGUGGAGCAGGUUGCCAAUGUGGUUUUGUACUCCAGUGAUUUCUAUACAAAAGUGGUAGCUUCUGAGGAAGCACAAGAAAAGGUGCAGCCAAACAGCAGUCUGACCAAGACACUGACACUUCUGCCAUUGCUAGCAAAUAACCGGGAGACACGGGAAAUAGCUCUGGAUGGAAGGCUAAAGGAUGAGGAUACCAAUUUGGCUUCUAGUACUAUUAUUAAGGAUGGAAUAGACAAGACAGUGAUGGGGAUUCUGGUUUCCUACAAGGUUAAAGUGAAGCUCACUGUUCCAGGCAUGCUGGGAGACCUCACCUCCAGUGAAGUGGGCACAGAGCUGCCAUUUCGUCUCAUGCACUACAAGCCUGAUGAAAAGAACUCAGCAGGGAAGGAUGGUGAAGCAGAGCUGGUAUUUGAGGAAUUUGCUCGUCAAGGCAUAAAAGAUACGGCUGAUGAUGAAGACAAGAAUAUGCCCUCAGCUGAUGAGUGACUAAAAGAACAAGCUGCCAGAGAAGAUAUGUAGUCUGGCAUCAAUUAGAAAUGUUAGGACCUAGGUUUCUAGUAAACUGCAUGUUCUCAGUGCAUGCAUGGUCUUCCAGGGAUCAGCCCUGAUGUCAGUGGACAUAAAAUUAUCUCUAUUGCUUAUUAAAAGUUUCACCUUUAGAGGAAUGUAGCAAACUCAAGACCUGAUGCUUACUUGCGCUACCAGAGGAGGACAGGGAAGGCUGUUGUGCCAUGACUCCUGCUUUCAGAGCUACCUAAUAAAAAGCUUGGUUGCUUUCAGCACUGCUGAUGGUGCUGCUGCCUAGACUUACUCUGUGUCAAAAAGUCUCUUAAUUUUGAAAUGCUAGUGAACCAAAUCCUAGUCUGGAAGGCUGACUUGCAGCCCUUGGUGAUUUACUGAAGUUUCUCAGUGGACUGUACAAAACUGAUUUUAUUUCCUUUUGGUUGCUUUUUUGUUUAUGCGUUACCAAACUCAUCUAGUGAAUAUCCUCACUGACCUUGCACCCUUUACUGUGGCUUACAUCCACUUUCUGUACCAUUAAAUUUCUUGCAAGUUAUCUUCCACAGCAGCUAUAAUGCUGAGAUACGAUAUUAGCUUUCUAGCAAUGUGCUUAACAGCCUCAUUAUUAAAGAUGAGAGAAAUGUGCACUAUUAAUUCCUUAACAGAUCUCCCCUUCUAUAACCCCAAAUAGCAAACUGCAAGUCCAGACUUGAUCCUGUAUGUAAUCUAAUUUCCUGUAUGCAACAGUGCUUCAAAAGAGGGUGCAGUAAAAUUAAGGAGGAAAUUACGGGGCAGCCUGCCCUGAAGAGCUUUUUCCAACAUCCAUCUUCCAGAGGUUGGGUUAUGCUUUAAGAAAUGAGAUUGUAUUCUGCAAACUUUGUUCUUUCUUGUUGAUCUGGAUAUUCUCAUUAUCCAUGUAAAUGUCUAACCCUUUCCUGAAUCUCACUUAGAUUUUGGCUGAAGUGAGUUGCAUCAGCUAAUUACAUUUUGCAUGUAAAACAACUGGUGUUUUCUUUCUCUUGUUUUUGCUCUAAAUCUCUUUUUCAAUGUCUCUGGUUUAAAUCUGGAAAGCCUGAAUGCAGGGCCUUACAUUUUUAAUAUAAACUUACAUUUUCCACCCUAUGCACCGGAAAAUGGAAUUAAGAGCUUUUCACUUAGUGAACAACGAUGCGCUUUUCACAGAGAAGAAAAUGAAGGAGACAUUGAGAUGUCCGCUUCCUCCCGGCAGGAGUGGGACUGCUGCUGAAAUCCUGCUGCAAGCACGAUGCAUUUCCGUCCUGCUUCACACUGCAGAGGCUGACAAACCGAGCUUGCCCUCUCUUUGGCUUAGGUUACUACUGGUAACUGUGACAAGCUAAAGCAGUUGAAGUGUGGGCUGCACUCUGGUAUUUCUGCAGAAUCACUCUACAUACAGACCUUAUUUUCUGAGCAGAGUUUUGUUUAUUUUUUCUUACAGACUUCAUCAUGGUUACAAGCCCUACUUUUACAGACGGGCCAAAGUCAUUAACCAAACAGCUUUGUGUGUGGCCUCUAAUACAAAUAGAUUGGGUUAAAAGUUAAGCCUUCUCCUGUUUGUUUCUGUAAACUGGUCUCGAUUAAGAUGAAUUAAGACCACAGCUGAUUUCACAGUUCCAUCAGUGUUCUCACCCAGUACCACCUGGAACCGUGUUUGGUUCCAUUAGUCACAAUUGUCUCACCUUAGAUGAAAUUGCAAGAGUUGGUAUGUUUGCUCUGCUCUUUUCUAAGCACUGUGUGCUUUGCUGCUGAAGAGACCCUGUGGCCGUUUUCAGGUGUUUGUGGUCAGUGUAAUUUGUAUGAUUUCAACUUUGGCUUUUGGAGGAGGACUAGGCAUUUUUCACUUGGAUUUCUGGCCAGGCUUUUCCAAUAACUGUCCUGGCAUUUUUAUUACCAAGUUCUUUGUGGCUUGUGAAGACCACACCAAUGCAGUAAGAAUUGAACAAAUUGCUCUUUGUGAAUAUGAUGGCUUUGGAGAGCUAGUGUUUAGGAUUUAAAGAUACUAAGAAGAGGUACAACAGUCUUCUAGUAUUGCUUCAAAGUGUGGCUUCUUCCACAGAGCUGUUUGCUUCAGUGUUCCUGGCUACUGCACUCAUAGGUAUGGGACUAACAAACUUAGAGGCCUGAUGCCUUUUUUUCUUUUUCCUUCUUCUGUGUCAUCCUUGUUGAGGUACCUCUCACUGACUUUCAAAUUCCUCUCAAAUUCAUCUGUGGUGAUGACUUCUGUAAGCUGUGUAACAAAAUCACAGUGCACUCUGCUGUGCAGCAGGGAGGAGUUGAAAUGGUUGUUAACCUGUUCUUUUGCCUGGCCUUAGGAAAGCACUUUCAGACAUUGACCGUUUGUUUAGCCAUGUUGGAUGUUUGCUCAUUUACUCAGAGAGCAAGGGCUUUCUGCUGGUUCCUCCAUGUCCUGCUGCAGGCCAGGUUAGACUUGUACUCUCCUGCCUUUCAGUC